UUUGAAGUUCCACCUGUUUUGUUUCGUUUCUAUGCUGCCAUCUUGACUUUGUUGCCUUGAAAUGCAGGCGCCCUGAAUGGCAUGGAACUGAGGACCCCAUUCUCUGAAUCUGAGAGACAAACCACUUUUUAAUCGUUGCAAAGGAGGCUUUUUCGCCUACCUGAAAAUGCCAAUCGCCAAGUAAUUCAGGCAAAGUAAAAAGCAUUUAUUGAGGAGGAGGGUCAAGUCUUUUUAUAGGGUACAGAGACAAUUUAUACAUAUAUUUGGUAUAUGCGAUACGUUAGAAAGCAAGUGCUCAAACGAAGACAUGGAUUAUAUGUGAGAAUUGAUCAAUAGAAAACGUUGCUUCUAGGUAACAGUCUAGGAGUGGCAAAUUUAUGGGUUAAACUAUAAAUUAAAUUAUUCCCUUUUCCAGAGAGGUUUGCGUCUUGCAAGUGUAUUUAAGGUUUUCUGUUGUUUAAUUGUUGAAAAGGCAAGUUCUUGCAUACCAAAAGAAAUGGUCUUGAAUAUGAAGGAAAAAAAAUGCUUUUUUAAAAUUAGAAAAGAGGCCUGGGCUACCGUGUUAAAAAUGCUGACAUUGCCUUUUUAAAAUGCUAAUAAUGAAGCAUAAAAUUCCAGGUACCAGAUCUACCUGUUUUUUUAUACCUCCAUUUCAACAUUUUGGACUGCAGAUGCCCCAGACCAAGCCUGGGUGUUUUGUAAAGCUACUCUGUCUAUAAGGGAAGUUUUGGAUAUUUAAUUUUGUAUCCUAUACUGAGAAUUGGGAUAGAAAUGAUAAAAAAAAAAUAUGGUAAAGUGAAUAUAUUUUGUAUAACUUUUUUUCCCUAAUUUUUUAUUUCUAAUGAAGAAAUUAACUUGUGUUUUAUUUCUUCUCCACCUUCUUUAUUAUAGAUAAAAGCUGAGAAAAAAUACAAUCAAAAUGGAAAAUGGAAAAGAACAGAAAAUUAAUUGUGAUAUGAAAACGGAUCUGAAUUUACUCCUUGAAUGUCUUAAGUAUCAAAUGGAUCAUCCAGCUUCUCAAAAGCAAGCCUUGGUUACUAUUUAUUCGGUUUGUCAACAAAAUAGUGCUGCCUGUGAUUAUUUUAGAGAAAUAGGUGGUUUGAUGUUUGUAUGGAAUCUUGCAAAGUCACACGUGCACAGUUUGGUUCAAGAAGCUGCUUUAUUUACAUUAGGAGGUUUAGCUGAGAAUAAUGUGUUCUGCCAACAGAUGUUAUGCACAGCUGAAUUAUUUAAGGAUCUUCGUACAUUUUUAACUAAUAAGGAUUCAAGAAUGAAUUUGAAAAGAAUGUCUGUAUAUGUCUUACUGGUGCUGGUUUCAAAUAAUAACAGUGGACAAACACAUGUGAGAGAAUCUGGAUGCCUCGAUAUUCUGCUACAGUUAUUCAGAGUAAUUCCUUCCGAAUCUCAAAUGAACCUUUUUGAUCAUAAAAUUGAUCAGUAUCAUCUGUGGUCUUCAGUUUGUAGUAAUCUUUGUGUAUGUGUCAACAAUCCUCAGAAUGAGGAAAAUCAGAAAGCUUGUAGUUUGGUUUUUCCGUAUGCAAAAGAUUGGCUGCAAAGUAGUAUGAAGGCUGAGAUAAUUCGUCCAAUAUGUUCAUUCAUUGGGCUCACUGUUGCAAAUAAUUCAAGAACACAGAUUUUUUUUAUUUCUAUUGGAGGAUUAGCUGUUUUGGAUGAGCUUCUUCUCAAACUGAUACACGGUUCAUUGGGGAACAAUACAAAUAUAAAACUUGCUGUAGUGGUGACAAAAACAUUGGAUGCCUGCAUUGCUAAUAACGCUGCAGUUGGCAUUCAUUUACCAAAGUAUAACAUUGUGCCUAAUCUACUAAAACUGCUUUCUUACAACAUUUUGGACUCAGGAGAGCGAUUCAGCAUUAUACUUACUCUUGGACAUUGUACAGAAGUCUGUGAGGAAAAUCAAUAUGCUCUGGUUAAGAACAAUGGCCUUCCACUUAUGAUUCAAGCACUAACUGAAACGCAGGAUGACGAACUAAAUAAAGCUGCUACCUUUGUGUUGCAAAACUGCAAACAGAUGACUGAAAAAUUGUCGGGGAAGAUGAAUCAGCAUUCAUUCCAAGAGGAUGAAAGAAGAAUAUUGGAAGUAGAUUGGCAGAACAAAGAAAGGAUUCUUGAAGAUUAUUGGAACGAAGCAAAGCAAAUUUUAUACAGAAUCAAAGGGCUUGAAAAUGAACAAGAGGAAAGUAUCAGAAGAGAAAUAUUAAUUGAUGAGGAUACCCCUCAAGAAACGUUUCUGCAGGCUAUGACCCAACAUCGUCGAACAAAUUCCAGCAAGCAGCUUUCAGAGAACAGCAAAAUAUAUUCAGAAAUGAAAUGCCCACUACAAAAUACUAUUUCUAAAGUGCAGAAUACUUCUAAAUUUGAUAAGAUUACUUCUAGUAGAGAACAAUUGAAGUCUGCCAUUAGGAAUUCAACUGAUGCUUCACUCGCUCAAAAUGAUCACAAUAAUCUUCUUUAUGCAGCUGAAAAAACGACAGCACCCAUCAUAAAUGAAGCUUAUAUUACAAAUAAAAACAGUUUUUGUGAUUUUAGGAAAGGUGAUGCCCAAGCAAGUGAAUUCAUUUUUAAGAAACCAGAUUUUGUAAUAAAAAGCCCAAUGCAAAAGAUUCCACGUUCAGAGCUACAAUAUCCAAGGAACCCAAACAGAGGAAUGGGCCAUAUUCUGACUGUUCCCCCUAAAAUAAGAGAACUCAGAUGUUCAGGUUGUAGAAUAGGAAGACUUUCCUUAAAUAGCCGAAACUUUAGCAAGACGCUACAAUCUUGUCAAUAUCUGUGUGAACAACACAAAAUUAUUCUUGAAUCUGAGAUGGAAUAUAAAAGGAAGUUGAGAAGAUCCAUUAUGGCUAACAAGAAUACUUCUGCAUAUAGUGGUAAUCACAAUGACCAGAGAUUCAGCUGCAAGAGAAGCUCAACAACUACGAAAGAGUUAGUAAAUUUUCAAUGUGAUGCACAUUCUAAGAACCAAACAAUGAAACAGAAUUAUAGCUUUCAAGACCAGGACCUGAGUGAAAACCAUCCAUUUGAAGAGGAGAAUACUGAAUACUGCAGUAUACAGAAUACUGAAACUCUAUCAAAUAGGUCUACAACAACUUUAAAGAACAGGAGAAUCAGGAAAGAUUUUACCUCAGAAGAAAUAAGUUAUCUUUUGGAAGGUGUAAGGAAAAUGGGGCAUCAUUGGAAUUCAAUUUUAUGGGCCUACCCAUUUCAGAAAGGACGGACGAAUGUUGAUCUUGCUAAGAAAUACUGCAAGUUACAGAAGAAUGGAAAGAGCAGAAAUACCCAACCUCAGUGAAAAUGUACAAAAGCUGAAUGUAUGUCGUUUAAAAUGUGUGACUUCGGCUCCUUUGCAAGAGUCCUUGUUUUGUUGUAUCUGGAGAUUUACACAACAGGCUCUUUUCCACCAGGACUUAAAAUUUGAAGAUAACGUUAUUUGCCCAAGUGCAAUUAUGUUGCAUGUUGAUACUGUAUACAUUCAAAAGGAUCGCAUUGGCUUUUUAAGGAAGUGCAUCCUACGAUUCCAUCUGUAAAAAAAAUAAAUGUGAAAAGAAUGACUAAGAAGCAAAAUACGAGUCUAACAUUUAUUAAAUUGAAUUAUGCCCUCGCUCUCUGCUUUUGAGUUCCUUCAAAGCGUUUUGGGCUUUUUAAGCUCCCGGUAUCGGAAUCCAGUCUCGCUACUAAACGGUGCGACUCCGUUUUAUGUCCCUUGCGAGCUCCGCAUCCUCUUAAGUGUAGUAGUAAGUGAAAAAAGAAAAAAGAAAAAAAAAGGGGUGGGGAGAGGCUAAACCGAGCUAUUACUGUAUUGUGCCUGUAUCGAAACCUUCGGGCGUAACCAAAGAGCCUGCUGUGCUCGUUGCCGCCACUAGGGGUCCCUAUUUGGCGCAAACUGGGCGGCGGCCCCGAAAAUAUUGAACUCAUCGUCCAAGCGAAAAAAACCCGCUGCCGUGGGUGUCCUCAGAACUGCCUGACUAAAAAGAGUGGGGGGGGGGUCAGCCUUCCGCGUGGGACCAAAAAUUCCCCACCUUCCAAAACCACGCCGCGUAUAAGUAAAAGCCACCGAUGAAGCCACGAACGGGGCGACGGAAAAGGCUUCCAAG